UUGUCGGCUGCAUUGACGGCACUCAUGUUCGUAUACAAGCUCCCUCUGAACAUGAAUAUUUAUACGUAAAUCGGAAGGGUUACCACUCUAUAAAUGUUCAGCUUGUUUGUGACUCUGACAUGACCAUCAUCGACCUCGUAGCAAGGUGGCCUGGGUCGACCCAUGAUGCCCGCAUCCUGAGAGAAAGUGCCCUGUAUCAGGACUUUGAGGCAGGGAGAGUGACUGGUCUUCUCCUCGGAGACAGUGGAUACCCACUGAAGCGGUGGUUAAUGACCCCUCUCAUCGCACCGAGAACAGCACAAGAGCACAACUACAACAUGAAGCACGCAUCGACAAGAAAUAUUGUGGAGCGAUGCAUCGGGGUGCUCAAACGGAGGUUUCACUGCCUCCACGGUGAAAUGAGAAUGCAUCCUGAGCGUGUCUGUGUUGUCAUUGCUGCUGCCGCGGUGCUACACAACAUUUGCAUCAAAAAGAGGAUCCCUCUUCCGAGGCAAGAAGACGUGGUGCCGGAGGUGGAUGAGAACCCUGCUCCUGCAAUCCCUGAAGAUAUCAGCGGACGACUUGCCCGCAACCAUAUAAUCAAUAACUUGUAGGACUGAUAACGUAUUGUACAGAAUGGAGUGAGAAAAUGAUGUAAAUAUUAUAAAUUAGUGCAACUUUAUUUGUAAAAUGAACUUUUAUAGUCUAAUCAGACUUUGAUGUUUCAGUUGAAUUAAUUUGAUUCUCUUGAAUUUUUAUAAUCAGACACUGUUGUUUCAAAUGAUUUGUUUUUAUUGUAAUCUUCU